AUGGACGAACUGAUGCCUUUCAUUGUCUAUUUGAUUUCGGUGUUUUCCCUGCUCGGCAAUUUGAUCUUCAUCAUCAUCUAUUACCGUUGUCCGCUGACAAAAAUAAAGUCGUACAAAUAUUUUUUCCUAUUCACCGCUAUUCACGACAUCAUAUUCACGCUGGUUUUUCUUCUUUCACUGCCGCGAGUUGUCUCCCAGGACUAUAUUUACACAGUGAUUGCGACCGGUGUGCUCAGCCAUCAACCUUUCGGAUCCAUCCUGCUCAUGGCCUUUUGUGUAUCCUUUUUUACGUCGACACUAAUACUGACUAACAGCUUCAUUUAUCGCUAUGUACUUUUGUGCAGAAAUCAGCUUUUUCAUCGUAUUUCUGCUAUGAAGACGGUGGUGGCGGGUUCUAUUAUCAACAGCAUUCUCAUGAUAUACUUCUGUGCAACCGUAUAUGUGAUAGGUCUUCCCAAUCAAGACCUUGAAAAUUUCGUGAAGAAAAACCUCGCAAUUCCUGUGAUCAACAUUAAUGAUAUCGCCUUAAUUGGAUUUUCUGCGAAG